AUGCGACGUUUAGAGGCUGUGCCGGAUACGAUGAUGCCACUUGAUCUCCAGAAUGCGCUUAAGGCAUCGCAUGUGAAAGGUGAUAAUGCGGCGUUCAUGUCGAUUGAAAGUCGCCAAGGUUUCGCUACCAUACAGCAGCGUGCUGGAUCGUUUGUUGCCAUCUCAGUUGUAUGUCUGCUGAUGGCGGCAGUCAUCAUCUCCCUCAACGGUCUUGUCAUCAUUAUCUUAGCCCGACAGAAAGGCAACAACAGGCUUCACUUUUUCAUAUUCCAUCUUGCCAUUGCUGAUCUUUGUGUCGGCUUAGUAAGCGUUCUUGGUGAAGGGGUGUUCUACGGUAUUCUGAGAGGAGAGUGGUUCUUGGGUGACGUCAUGUGUCGCACCUGGCGCUAUUCUACGUUUGUGGUCCUAAUUGUGUCAAACAAUCUUCUGAUUGGAAUGAGCGUUGACCGCUAUCUGGCUGUACGAUAUCCGCUUAGGGCAAUUACUGGAGCUUUAUGUUUGGUUCACACUGCUGCUCGUGUUCUUCAUUCCAUUCCUCGCUGUCUCCGUCUGCUACAUUUGCAUCACGGUUGUCGUCUGGAAGCACUGGAGGGAAAGCAGAAAUCUCACGGAAAUGAACUAUAUACUAGAAGCUCCACCAUCUCCGUCAUCUACGGUACCAUAUCCAUAACCAAGCAUCUCCUGUUCCUCUUCCGGAGAUUUAGGGAUACCACUAUCCACCUGCGGAUAAUUACCAUUCCACUUAUCUAUCGUUUCAAGUUUCGGGAGUCGGCGAAGUCAGCGGGAGAGGAAUUUCGGCUCGAGGGUUGA